GCGCGCCGGGGCGGAUCCCGUAUUUCCGCUUCCGGUCGAGCGGGCCUGGAGUCCGCGAAGUUCGUAGGGCGCCGGUGAGGGUCUAGAAGAGUGAAGAUUUUAAAUACGAGGUUAUGGCAAAGCAUCUGAAGUUCAUUGCCAGGACUGUGAUGGUUCAGGAAGGGAAUGUGGAAGGUGCAUACAGAACCCUGAACAGAAUCCUCACCAUGGAUGGGCUUGUUGAAGUUAUAAAGCGACGACGAUUCUAUGAGAAGCCUUGCCGCCGUAGACAGCGGGAAAGCUAUGAGACAUGCCGGAGGAUCUACAACAUGGAAAUGGCUCGAAAGAUCAAUUUCUUGAUGAGAAAGAAUCGGGCAGAUCCAUGGCUGGGCUGCUAGGACUUGUGGAUAGGAGGUCCACAUCCAGUUGUAUCUCCAAACCCCUUUUUAUCCAACCCCAUUUCCUGUUACCAUUCUCUACAAUAAACUCAGUCACGUGUAUUUUACAUA